UGAUGUUUCAGUAGGCUGCGCGAGAUUGUGUGGUGAAUGUGUUGUUGUGAGUUUGUUAUUCAUCUUUUUUUUUUUUUAUCUUUUAUGUCAUCUGAUCUGUUUUUUUUUUCUUAUAACAAUAUUCUUAUGUGUGAUUCUAUUUAUGAUUGUGCAAUAUAUUAUUAUGAAUAAAUAUUUGAAUGUAUAUUAGAAGAAAGAGAGAAAAAGGGAGAAAUAUGCACAUAUGAUGUAUAUCUAAGGCAAAUAUAAUAUAAGUGUAAGAAAUCUAUAAAAGCUACAAGUGAACAACAGUGAAAAGUAAAAACACAAAUUGUAUAGAAAUCAAUGUAUAAAAAAAAAGUGUUGCAAAAGAAACUAAUUCUAAUAUAAUAAUAAAAGUGAACUCUAAGUAGAUUCAGUGAUUUGAAUGGUAACAGUUGAAAUCUAAUAAGUGAAAGAACUAAUAAUAUUCAAUAAAAGAGUAAUAUGUAUAUAUAAACAUUAUGAAAAUAUUUAGCAAAAGAAGUUCCUAAAAAGAAAAAGUUACAAACGAAAGUUAUCUUGGAUAUGAUCAUCUCUUCAAUGAUGAAGAAAGAAAACAAUCGUGAAACUUAGUGAGUAGGUGAUAUCGAGUAUAAUAAUGAUGAUGAACUCGCGAUCGUGGGUAAGACGGAGAUGACCAUUAAAUCCGUGCCUCGUCCUGAAAACGAAGACGAAGAGGACGAGGAAGAAGAGGAAGAAGAGGAGGAGGAAGAAGAGAUUUGUUCGAGUUUACGAUAUCACUGCCACUGAUAUCUUCUCUCUCGUCGCAUUGAUGCCGAUUCCUGCGUCCAAUAAUAGAGAUAUGGGGAGUGUCGUAGGCAGUAACGUAAACAUAAGCAACGUAACGACAAAGAGGAUGGACUCAACGACGUUCCGGCCAGAAGCGACGUCAACCCUCAGUGAGCGGGAGCAACUUAAAAUUGAAUUUUACAAAACUUAUGAUGUUAUGACCGGGGUCAGAAUCGCAGCGACUCUCGGUGGUUUUUUCGGUCUUAUGAUUCUUCUGCUUGUUUAUAAAAGCAGAUGUAAAUCGAGCAAACAAUUGGAGGAUCCAAGAUUAACUGCAGCUGCAGCCGCAGCUGUAGCUGAAGCAGAAGCUGAGGAAAGAGCGCUUGCAGCUGCUCUCGAAGCCAUCGCUAGAUUACCACCUAGACCAGAUCGGGGUCCUAGAAGAUCUCUCUGUGUCGAGGUAACUCAAUCUCAUUUGCCAAGAAUCGGUCCGCGUUUUGCAUCGAUUGGAGGUGGCUAUGAAGCUCUAUUAACACCACCAACAAAGCAAUCGAAUUUGAUACUUCCUGAAGAACAAAGAAGAUGCAGUUCGGUAACAUGUAGCAGCACUGGGAGUAGUUAUCUCGAGAGAAGGGGAUCUGUGAUGCCAGUACCAUGUUUGCCGCUUCAUUCUACAUUUUCAACUAAAUACACUAUCCAUGAUGAACCUUGGGAUCUUUAUUAUCCCAUUGAUAUUCAAGUAAUUCAACCAACCCCAGAACUUUCUCCAUGCACAAGCGAAGCAGGUCUUUAUGCAAAAGACGUAAUGAUCACAGGAACUAACGGUAAAAGAGCACCAUUGGCUUCUAUGGGCAGUGUUGAUCCUCCAGAAGCAGAUUCGAGGUCUCUUGGUUCCGACUCGGUCUUCCUAAGAAACGAUGAACAAGAAGAGUGUCUCGAUACGGAGGAUGAAGUGUCUGGAUUUUCGACCGAUUCUGAAACAGCCGGGCCAAGUUGUCGACGGUUUCUUCAGGUACCCUCGAAAAAGAAAAAAACAAUUGAAAAAUGGGAUGGUUGUGCUGGAUGUGUUCCUAGACGGCGAUCUGGAGGCAAACUUUGUCAAGCUUGUCAUAGUAUUAGUGCGGCUGUUGAAACUUCUAGAUCUCAGGCAGUCUCUACGAGCACCAGCAGUCAGAGUAGCCUUGGUUCUCCUCCUUGUUCACCAGCUAUCGAGCUCAGACAUAGACCACCACCAACACCAUUACCAUCAAGUCCACCUAUUUGGUCUCAAGAAACGCUCUUUUAAUUCUCUAAAACUCUAAAAACUUACCAUUUUCACAAAUGAUUAAUAACCGCACAAAUGUAUCUCUUUCAUAAGGAAAACGAACAAAGGAAAUGAAGCAUAACUGUGAAAAAUAACUGAUAAAAUUAUUUUGAGAAAUGAAAAUAUAAAAGUUGAAAUUCUUAAGUUUUUCAAAUAAAAAAAACUAAAUAAAGAAAAGAGUAGAAAAAAAUUAUAUUAAAUGAAAUUACAAAAAGAAAAAACACAAGAUUAUUAUUAUUAAUGCAAUAUCUAAAAAUGAGAAAAAAAUUUUAAAAAUUGAUAUAAAAAAAAAGAAAAUUAUGAAAAAGUAAAGUCUUAAAGAAAAAAUCUUAACGAAAAAAAUAACAGAAUUUUGGAAAAUAAACAAUAUAAAAAGAAAUUAUGAAUUUUGUAAAAAAAAGAAAAAUACAAAAGAGUCAAAUAUAAUUAGCUAUAUAUAGAAUAAUAAAAAAAUAUAAAUAUUAAAAUUUUAUUAAAACAAAUAAGAAGAAAAGAAUGUGCAAAAAAUCAAGUCCAGUUUUUGCUUAAGACAAAAAUAAAAUAAUACAAGCUUUAUGGGAAAAUAAGAAAAAAAAGAUUGAAGUUAAUCAAAAAAAUAAAUAAAAAAAUAAAAGAAUAUAAAAACAUUUGUGCAGUAAAAUUUACAAUAUAAAAAAAGAAAAACAAGAGACUAAUUAAUCAUUAAUAAAUUAUUGUAAAAAGAAGAAAAUGGUAGCGUGUUAUAAAUAAAUAUUGUAAAUAAUAAACAAAAGAAAACGAAGAAAAGAAUUUGAAUUCGUUUUUUUUUUUCGUAUUCAAAAGAAAUGUCAAAACUUAUCAUGUUUGAAUGAAAAAAAGAGAAAAAAUCAAAAUUUGAAAAAAAUGUUGAUAUAAUUGUUAAAAAAAAUAUAAAAAAACUUUAAUUUUUAUUAAUUAUCUCUUAUUUUGAUUUUUAAUAUUUAUCUAAUUUAUUUAUGUAUGUAUAAUAUGCAUAAUUAAAAAUAUAAAUUAUAUAUAUUAAUUGAAUCGAAAAUUUGAGAAGCAAACAAAUAAAAACUAUAAAAAUUUAUUAAAGUUGAAAAAAUAUUUCUUUUAAAUCAAACAAUUGUAUAAUAAAAUAAUUAAAUGUAUAAUAUAUAAUAUAAUCAAAUAAUCACAUGAACAUUAUUUUAUGUUAAAAUAAAAUCGUUAUGAAAAAAGAAUUGUUUGAUUUAAAUUAAUUUAUAGCAAAGACGUUAAUACUUAAUAAAUUUCAUAAUAAUAAACAAAAGAUUAUGCCGUCAAAUGUGCUUCUACUUUUAAUAAAAUCAAAAAUUUCAAAUUUUUUUUCUAAUUUUAAUUUUUCAUUUCUAUUUUUAAUUUUUAAUUUUUCAUACUUGCCUCAUUAAUUAAUUAAUGAGCUUUAAUGACUGCCAAUUGAAAAGCAGAAAUUCUUCGUAUAUGUGUGUAUGAUUUGUGAUAUAUGAAAAUAUGUAUGAAUGUACACAUGCUCAUAUAAAUAUAAAAAAUUUGAAAAAUCAAAACUAAAUGUUAA